GCCCGGAGCGGGGCGGGCCGAGGCGCUGGGGCCGCCCCUCCAAAAUGGCCGAGCAGCAGCAGCCCCAGCAGCAGCAGGCACCGGGAGCAGGGUCGGAGGGCUGCAAGGCGCUGGGCGCCCUGCUCAGCGGCAUCGCGCAGGCCGCCUACCACGGCAACGCGGCCCUGACGGCCGAGCUGCUCCGCGGGCAGCUCUACCCCGAGGCGGCGCCCGAGGAGUUCGCGGCCCUGCGCGCCAAGAUGGGCGGCCUCCUGCAGUCAAUUGCUUCAGCAGACAUGGAUUUAAAUCAGCUGGAGGCUUUUCUCACUGCCCAAACCAAAAAACAAGGUGGCAUCACAUCUGAUCAAGCUGCAGUCCUCGCAAAAUUUUGGAAGAACCACCGAGUAAAGAUCCACGAAAGCCUGGUAAAUCAAAGCCGUUGGGAUAACGUCUUGAAAAACAUGAACUGGAGAGUGGAUCUGAAGUCACAGUCAAGACACAUUGAUCAGAUAAAUACUCCGGUUGCAAUAGUAGAAAUGGAACUGGGAAAAAAUGGUCAGGAAUCCGAGUUUCUCUGCCUGGAGUUCGAUGAGGCCAAGGUGAGCCAGAUGCUGAAGAAACUCUCGGAAAUAGAGGAGAGCAUGACUGCGUUGACUCAGACCACUUGACUCUUACAGCAAAUAAAGAGAAUUGCAACUCAGAAGUCAAACAACCUCGGUACUUUUUCAUAAUGCCUGUUUAUACAAAUAAAAUAUGUAAUGAUUUAUAAGUCCCAGUUAUAACCAUACAACACAUUCAAAACCAAGCACGGGCUAAGUUAUGCCGUGGAGCCUUCUCUGACCCUUCCUCCAGGCCUGUUCUCCAAGGCAGCAGUAGUGUUGUUUGCAUUAAACUUUGCAUAAUCAGGCCCUUGAGUUUUGAGUAGCUUUUCCCUAUUUUUCCCCCCUUUAAUCAUUUUUUGAGUCUUCCAGGUGCUGUAAAUACCAGGCGAUGGACAGCAAAGGUAAAUUGGACGGUUGUGGCAGGGGGGAAGUGAGCAGAAGGAACAGGCAGAUGAGGGUGAGCUCAAGUAUAUCCCUCCAAACCAUGGGCAAUGUAGGACAAACAUGCCCACCCAAACUAUGCCAUGUAGAACUCAAAGCCCAGGAGAGCAGAUGAACCAGAGAGUUAAGGAAAGAGAGGUGCAAACGCACAUUCCUGUAAUCAUGAGCCUGUCUGUGCUGCUGAGGAUUAAACUGUUCCCAAGUGCGAGAGGUGGCCAACCUCGCUGACCCAUUGACGCACACCUGCCCCGUGCUGCAGAGAGCCAGGGGACAAUCCUGGGAGCAUCUCUUGGGUGGCGGGAGGUGACACUGGUUUCCCAAAAGCCUGAUCCAGUGACCUCUUUUCCAGCCAGGGAGGACUGAGCUGAAAUGUUUUCAGUCUCAAAGGUUUCAGUUCAGGGCUGCGAUCUUGUACACUUUGCCACAACAGGAUGAAUAACCAUAAUUACCAGCUUAUCAGUGCAGGAUGACGUGGAGGAGCUGCGUGGAGCAUGAUGGUUCCUAUGGAGAAUUGCCUGAGAGUCCAUAAAAUGGUGAUGGAGCAGCUGGAGCGCGACACUGGCUUGCUGCUUUUGUUCCUAGCAGGAAGGCGUGCUUAUACAUUUGGUUGGAGGCUACACUGAUUCUUUCCAUUUUAUCUUAGCUUUACAAGUAACCUUCCGAACUAAAAUUAUGUUGACUGCUUGUACCAAGGAAGAGAUGAUGACAUAAAAUGUUCUUGUGCCAUUA